AGUAAGCACCAGGCGAGAGCUUAGUCGGGUCCAGCCAUUCUACCGAGAAAGGAUCUCCAAAAUUAGGCACUCUUAUAUCGACUCCAGAAGCAAAAAAGCUUUCUAGGGCAGAGAGGGAAAUCUCGCUGGCCGAUUGACGUGGCUGAGAGUAAACAGGAGCUCGAAGAUCGUGAUUAUUGGAAGGGAAAAGUUUUUGUUCAAAACACAAAAAUUAUGGCAGAUUUAAAACAAGAAGUUAAACCAGACGAACAACAAAAUUAUGUAGUAGGUACCCAUAGUGAUCCUAAAAAUAUACAAGAACUGACACAAUAUAUACAAAAUCUGCUGCAACAAACGCAGGAUAAAUUCCAAACGAUGUCAGAUCAAAUUACUACAAGAAUAGAUGAAAUGGGAACAAGGGUCGAUGAUCUCGAAAAGAACAUCUCCGAUUUGAUGACACAAGCAGGAGUGGAAGGAGCUGAUAAAUAGAUUCACUAUAAUUGUUUUUCCAUUUUUUUUUUCUUUUUAUACAAGUGUAAUAUAACCAUACGGAGUUGGUUCAUAAUUGUUAUUGUAUUAGUGCGAUUCACACCAAUAAUUAUAAAUAUUUAGAACUUUUUUUUAAAUAUAAUUAUUAACUUUCAUCAAGGGCUUAAUUCACAUAUGUGUGAACGUGCCAACAUAAAUUGUACAUUUAUUCAAAUAUGUUGCGUCAAACCUCUGUUGUAAUAUGUAAUAUAUAAUUAUUUUAUAAUUUGA